AUGGAGCACGUGACUCCCCUUGCUGUGGAAGUUGGAGAUCCUCCGGCUCGUCGAGUCCGGAAGACCCCGGCUUCUGAUGCCGGUCCCAGCACUGAGCCUGCACCCAAGCGCCACAAGAAGUCCAGCUCCGGGCCUCCCGGAAGACCCGACCUGGAACUUACCAGGAGUGUGUCCGGCAUGAAGCCGGAGACCGCCAAGGACGACGGAAGGGCCACACCUCCUCCUCAGCAAAGUCCAGUACAUUCUGCUGCCGGCAAAGCUCACUCCUCCCCUCGGGGAGGUAAAACAAAUUCGGGGAGCGCAGCCCUUAAACGAAGACAUCACCGCGCAGAGGAGGACCUCACUUCCCCUCCAGAAUACGAAGACACCGGCGCCAGCAACAUGGGUGCUGGUUCAGAAGAAACCGGACGGUCGGAACCUUUGGUUCCGCCCGUCCUUGAGAAAAAGAAACAAGCAUCCGUUGCUUCCCCCUCCAAGACUCCAUCAGUUGCACCACCGCCAUCCUCCUCGCCGGCCAAGGACGCUCCCGCGCCUACGUUGGCGUCUGCCAGCAAGCCUCCACCGCCCCCGGAAGAGCUCCCGAAAGGGCGCCGAGCUUCCGGCUCCCAGGCCCUCACCUUGCACGCUGGGCGUGCGGCAAAGGAAGCCGGCGAGAAGGUCUCAGCGCAGCUGGGCCGGAUCAUUGUGAUGAACCGCGACGAUGCCAAUCUGGGCGAGCUGCAUCGAUAUGUUGAUAAAUGGAACCUCUCGGACCUUACCGCGGCCACUCUUGGCAUCGACAGGGACAAGCAGGUGAUAAUCGACCCGCGCAGCCCCCGGAACAGCAUGCAGCACCUUGGACGGCUCAAGCAGGCCGUGCGGGAUCUUGACAACGCUUGGCAUGAUGCGCAUAAGAACAUGUUGGGCGUGCUGGACUCACGCAAGGAGCUCUUCGAAGAGCUGUUGUGGGAGCACCGCGGCCUUGUCGAGGCUUUCUCCUCCCCCAAGCUUGCCCAUGGCCACUGCCAAGCUGCUCUUCCGGAAGCCUCCCUUGAUGACCUUGCCGGCCAAGUUGUCGCGCUCAAGGCUGAAAAGGACGAGCUGCUCCCCCAGCACCAGCGCGAGCUGAAAUCCCAGCGGGACGAAACCGCAAGCCUCAAGGAUCAAUUGAUCGAAGCUGGGCUGAAGCACGCGAAGUCGCUGCAGGAGGCCAUUGCUGUCGGCGAUGCCAAGGUGGAGGAGGCCCGGAAGCAAUUUGCUGAGGCUGAGGGGCAGCUGUGGGCGGAGCUUGAGGAGGAGACCACGCUGCUGAACCUGGAGCAGGAGAAAACAGUGGGGCUUUCUGCGUGGAAGACCACGAUCGGGUUGUUCCCGGACUCUCAGGAGCACGCGUCAAUAACCAUCUCCAAUCUCCGGGCCGAGAAUCCGGUUGCCGAUGCCGGCGUCUCCUGGACCAUCGAGGACCACUUGGCCGCUCUCCACUCCCGUAUCUCCCACAUGAGGGUUGCCGACCGGCACCUUGGCGAGCUGCCGGUAGCCGCGCUUAAGGUUUUCAAGCUCCUCUGGCCCUGA